AUGAGACAAAUUUAACUGUUAAAAUAACUAAUGUAACUAAAACAGGAUUUAAUUAAACAGAUUGGGAAUUUAUCAAAGCUAAUUCAAAUAGUAACAUUACAUAAAGAUUUAAAGAUGCUUCUUUCUAUCUUGAAAAUAAAAUUUUUAAUAGGAUUGUUUUUGUCAAUGCUUUCUGCUUUGAAAAAGAAAAUCUAACAUUAAUUGUGUAAAAUGAUACAAAUAUUUUUAAGUUUCAAAAAUGUGACUUACGAAAUAGAAACAGAAUAAAAGAUAUAAGAAUAAGUAAAUUCUGUUAAGAUGAAAAUGAUCCAAGAGGUGUAAAUCUAUAUUGGAAUAUCUUUACUUUUAGUAAUAUUGACAACUAGUUUUAUAAGAUGUUUAUCUGCACCUUUAUUAAAUUUAAUUUAACUAAUUAAUAUUCAUGUUCGAAAAAUAGGAAACAAUUUAGAUUCAGAAUUAUUUAAAAUGUCUCUUAAAACAAAAAAGUAAACAGAUGUUUUUUCAUCACUUACUUAUUCAUUUUUAGGCUUAAGAGAUUUGCAGACAAGACGAUCAGAAAAUAAAAAUUAAACUUGUUAAUAAAUUGAAGAUAUUAAAUACAAUUUUAAUUAUUAAGAAAUUGAUUGCUCCAAAAUUAAAGAAUAAAUUUUACAUCUCCCUGGAUUAGAGGCUUCUGAAAUUUUUAAAAAAAUUAAUUCAUUUUAAAAACCACUACUUUUAAGAAGUUUUUCACAAAAAAAAUUAUGGAUUAGCACUUGCGAUGAAACAUUAUACAGAUUAAUCCUCAUAAAAUAAAUAUUUUAGCAGCUUUUUUAAAAGAAUAGUAUUCUUUGA